GAGUUUCAUUGGCGAAUAGGCGAAGGAAAUGAAGCUUUUCUCGUCUACUACUCCUUCCUUUCUUCUCUCAACUCUCUCUCUCUCUCUCUCUCUCUCUCUCUCUCUCUAAAAUCCCCGUCUAUUUCUCUCUCUCUCUGUUCGCAAGAUUUUAGUCUCUUGAAGAAUUCAAGGUGUCAAUAGCAAAGAAGGAGAACUAAUUUCUUUGGAUGGGUAAUAAACUUGGGAGGAGGAGGCAAGUGGUAGAUGAAAAAUUCACAAGGCCACAAGGGCUGUAUAAUCAUAAAGAUGUUGAUCAUAAAAAGCUGAGGAAGCUUAUACUCGAAUCGAAGCUUGCUCCUUGCUAUCCUGGAGAUGAAGAAACUGCAUUGGAUCGGGAAGAAUGCCCAAUUUGCUUUCUGUAUUAUCCAAGUCUAAACAGAUCAAGAUGUUGCACAAAAAGUAUUUGUACAGAGUGCUUUUUGCAGAUGAAAGUUCCGAAUUCAACUCGGCCUACCCAAUGUCCCUUUUGCAAAACAGCAAAUUAUGCUGUGGAGUAUCGUGGCGUUAAAUCAAAAGAAGAAAAGGGGUUGGAGCAGAUUGAAGAGCAACGCGUUAUAGAAGCCAAAAUUAGGAUGCGACAGCAAGAACUUCAGGAUGAAGAGGAAAGAUUGCAUAAAAGACUAGAAACAGGAUCUGCCAAUGUGAAUGUGGCAGUUGCAGAUGUUGAAUACAGCACAAAUGCAGCAGCUGCAUCUUCAGUUUCUGUUGUUGAACAUGAGGAAAUUGUUUCAUCUCAAGACUCAUGUGCCACCUCUAUGUUUAGACCACCGCCUCCAACUGUGAGGACCAAUAGAGAUGAUGAAUUUGAUGUUGAUCUUGAAGACAUAAUGGUCAUGGAAGCAAUCUGGCUUUCUAUUCAGGAGAAAGGCAAGCAGAGAAAUCUAUCUUUCCCCGAUGUUACUUCUGGACAAUACGUAGCUGAUCCUCACUAUGCUUUACCUGUCAUGGAUCUACAGACUGGAUCAUCCUCAUCCCCGUCUGGCGGUCUUGCUUGUGCCAUUGCAGCUCUUGCUGAGCGUCAACAAGUAACUGGAGAUUCAUCUACAAUCUCCACCAGUGAAAACACAUCAUUUAACACACAAGGUUCCAGAAGGUAUUAUAACAGGAUUGGUAGAGAUAUGGUUAGUUAUACACCUACAGACAACCUCAAUGAGGUGCCGACAAAUGAUACUGUCAUGACUAGGGGUCAUGGUGAAUGGGACAUAGUUCAUGGACAGGAGGUGGCUCAAACGUCAACUAGCUAUGCCAGCUCUGCUGCAGCUGAAGAUGGUGAUGAGAUAUCGUUGCCACAAUCUGGGGACAUUGAUGGAGGCCUUCAAAGUACUACAAACCCCAUCGUUCCCGAGAGUUUUGAGGAGCAGAUGAUGCUAGCUAUGGCUGUCUCUUUAGCUGAAGCUCAAGCAAUGUCAAGUGGACAUGGUGCUUCAUGGCAGUAGUUUUUGGUCGAGGUACUGUUCAAUCUUUGUUGAAAGUCAUGAUGCUUGUUGUGGCUAUUUGGCUGGCUGAGUCUUGCGUUGGGAGUUUAAGCAGAUCACACACGUGUGCAAUGUGUUCGAUCAGGUAGUGAUUCUCUCUUCUCAUGCGAAUCUAUGUAUAUAGAUGUCAAAGGAAAACUAUUAAUUCCAGUUGAUCAAAGCUUGUUGCUUUAUGCCAUUUUUUAGAAAAAAAAAAGUGUUUGAUGCCCUGUGCCUCCCUCCUUAUUGGUUUUCUGUAUAUAGUUUUAUAAAAUUUCAAUAGUUUUUUUGAAAGAUGUCU